AUGCCAUUGGAAUCAUGUAUGCUGAUACUCGAUAAUAGCGAGUACAUGAGGAAUGGAGAUUAUCCACCAACUCGGUUCCAAGCUCAGGCACAAGCUGUACAGACCGUGUUCACAGCUAAGACGGAUUCGAAUCCCGAGAGUGCAGUAGGUUUGAUGAGCAUGGCUGGAAAUUCCCCUUCACUUCUAGUAACACCCACCAACGACCUCGGCAAGCUCCUUUCCUCCCUAUCCAAAGUGAACAUAUCCGGUAUAUCCUCCCUCUCCACCUCCAUCUCUAUCGCUCAACUGUCUUUAAAGCAUCGUGAAAACAAAAACCAGCGACAGAGGAUAGUCGUAUUCAUCGGAUCUCCCCUCAGCCAAGAGGCGGACUCGAAAGAGAACCUGGUCAAGUUGGGUAAAAAGUUGAGGAAGAAUAAUGUAUUGAUCGAUGUGAUUACCUUUGGAGAUGAAGGACGGGAGAAUGAUGGCAAGUUGAAUGCUCUCAUAGAAGCUGUAGGAGGUGAUGAGUCCCACCUCGUCUCUAUCCCUCCCGGCCCUCGAUUCCUAUCCGACGUUAUCCUCUCCUCCCCCAUCCUAUUCGACGGCGACACCAACGCAGCUGGCGGAUCAGGUGAUGUCGGUGGAGGAGGAUUCGGUGGAGAUGGAGUCGAUGGGAUUGAUCCAAAUAUGGAUCCGGAAUUGGCAAUGGCCAUCAGGAUGUCAUUACAGGAAGCUCAGGAGGCAGCUGCGAGAGCGAACCCUCAAGCUGAGGCUCAGCCAGCUACAAUAGUACCGGCGAAUGAACCCUCUGGUCCUUCAGGUGAACCUUCCGGAUCAGCUACGUUAUUACCUUCUGCUCUCACUCAACCUCUCUCCAACGCAAAUGACCAGGAUAUACCUAUGGUUCCCGGAGAUGCCGGCUUAUCAGGAGAACAGCAAGGAGACAAGGAAGAAGAUGAAGAUGAAGAACUGAGAAAAGCAAUGGCAUUAAGUAGAGGAGAUGAUGUCGAGAUGUCAGAUGAGGAUGAGGACGAAGAUGACGAAGCUGCUAUUGCUAGAGCUAUAGCGAUGAGUCUGGAAGAAGCGAAAGAAGAAGAUGAUAAGGAGCCCAAGUCAUAG